AUGUCGCUACGGAAUGGGGGUCACGUUCGCUGGGCAUUUGACCUCGCUGGGUGGCGACCUAGUUUGGCGGAUCUGCUGCUAGCGACGUCCUGCAUACAGCCCGAGGAAAAGAACACCUUGCAACGGUUUGUGUUUCGUGACGAUUUCAAUGCAUCCCUCAUCGGACGUUUGAUGAUGCGCCGGUUCGUCCAAUUGGCCACAGAUCUGGCGUACGACGAGAUCAAGUUCGAGCGCGAUUCGAAAGGCAAACCGUUCCUAAAAAACGAAGGCGUGGCGGUGGACUUCAACGUAUCGCAUCAGGGUCGGUACGCUGUGCUGGCGGGAAUGGCGACGAGUAUUACGUCGAACGUUACAGGCACCGCUACUGCCAAGCCUACCCCCAAGAUAGGCGUCGAUGUUAUGAAGAUCGAGUACGGUGGAGGCAAACCGUUGGACGAGUUUUUCCGCCUGAUGACGCGCAACUUCUCCGAUGACGAGUGGCGGUACAUACGCGGGCGUCCAGAUGAUAAUGCACAGCUGGAAGCGUUCAUGCGUAACUGGUGUCUGAAGGAGAGCUACGUGAAGAAUGUAGGUGUGGGCAUUACGGUUGAUCUGCGGAAGAUUAGCUUCCGGAUACAGACGGAGGUGCUGGCACGGGAUCGGGUCGUCUGCGAUACGACACUGCGCGUAAACUCGGAACCGAUGAGCAAUUGGCGCUUCGAGGAAUCGCUGAUCGAUCGGGAUCAUUGUGUGGCGGUGUCGUUGGAAAAUGUCGCCACGGAUCAUGAUCUGUGUGGGAACUGUUUCGAGCUGAUCGAUUUUAAAGCGUUAGUAGAGGGUCACAGACCGCUGCUGGCAAUUGAUGAGAAUUAUUGCGAGGGUAUCAUAAGCAAGGAGUAUAAGAAGUCAAAGUAG